AUGAGCGCCCCGCGCAUCUCGUGGCGCAGCCGGCUGAAGUGUGGGGCUGUGAGGAAGCAAAUCGGCAUCCUCCUGGUUGGUCUCCUGCUUCUCCUUCCGAUGAGUGAGCUCACGAUGUUCACCGCCAUGAAGGCCAACGCUACUAACUUCACACCGCUGACGAGCAGCGAGCUCGCAUCGAUGGUGAAGAGCCACCUGAACCUGUGCAAAGGUGCAGGAGCGUACAAAGAUGGUCUUGAAGAGCUGCUUGCCACUACGGCACAUACGACCCAUAAGAACUGGCCAGCGACGGCAGAAGCCUCGCAGCAGCUGGCCGACAUCAUCGCCGGUCCAGAUGACUCAGUGUUCCAGGAGGUCUUCAAGCGCGUCCUUACAGGAGGAGGUUGGGACAAUGCGGUGGCAGCUGCAGCUUCCCGGAAAGGCGAUUCCAAGCCUUGGGCGGUGUUGGUCACCGGGCUGAAUGGCAUUCGCAAGACAUCCUCGCUCUACGAGCCCUGGUUUUCGAAAGUCCUUGCUGAGGCGAUUGGCAUUGACAGCAACGACUCGAGAAUUGCAGACCUGCCCUGCGGUGCCAACAGCUUCUUCAGGCAGCUGGACUUCAUCGUCGCAACCCUGGCGAACGAAGACUUCCGCAAGCUCUACACCAUCACCGACGUGGACGAGUACGCGGCCGCGAAGGAAGCCAUCUUUGCUCGUUACCGGAAAGUGUCCGAGAUGGUCGGUCUUCUUCUUGUGAGGGAGGCCAGGAAGAAGAAGCUUAAUGUAAUGGCCGAAACAAGUGGCCGAGACCUUGCCAUGUAUGAAUACAUCGACUUUGCAUUUCCGGAUGGAUACAACAAGUUGGUCAUCCACUUUGAGAUCAACGAUGUUAACUUUGUGGAGCAGUCCGUCGCGGUUCGGAUGCAGGGUGAGAUGGCGGCGGGAGCCAGUGCCCUUGCACAGCUGGAAGCCGGGGAGACUCCGGCGAGCAGUGCGGAUCUGGUGGAAGCGAACGCGGGGGGACCUUAUGGCCCAGAGGUGCUUCGAGGUGUGCAAGCGGCAAGCAACGAGGUUUUCCAGGAGGUUUGGGGCGUCGACGGGAAGGGUGGCCGUCCAGGCUGGCAAAUGGCGCGUAUCCAGGUCACUGCCCGCGAGGAUGGCGACUGGACCGUCAAAGCACAUGGUAGCGAUACUGAACAUGCUUUCUCCCCGCGCCCUUGA